GCCUAGCUCUCUUCGACUUCAAGAACACCGGUCUCAGUCUUGGAUUGCCCAGGACCUUCGUGUUGAAUCGCAUCGUACCGACUCUUCACCUACACUCGUCUUCAAGAUGGCGGACAGCAUGUGCGGUCCGUCCAACGGCGCCAAGAACUUUCUGGCCCAUGUUGACCGAGAUCGCGCGCUUCACCAAGAUCGUCUCGUCAACACGCCUCAGGCUGGCGCUGGGAACGCUUUCCGAUCGCAGACGUCCUUCUCCGAUGGCGCCGAGGCAGCUUUCGGGAGCUUCCAGCAGGGCGGCGCGGCUAUCGACGCAAACAUCGGUCCCGGGCUGGACAUGAACGGAAUCGGUCCGCUUGGGUACCACCCAACCGGUGCUAGAACUUUUGGUCACCCAGUUCCGGGCGUCCCAACGACGAUGGGCCAUAUCGGCCCUGGCGCUCCUGCUGCUCGCCUGGCGUCUCCUGCCACCGGCGGCGCCUCGCACCAAGAGUGGGUGAGCCAGUUUUCGGGCAUGCAGCUCGGGCCUGGCGCGGCUGGACCCAGCACUGCGAUGUCAGCUCCGGCGCCCGCGGGCACCAUAACUCCGAUGAACCCGGUCCUGAACAUGCAGCAGGCGCCGUUCGCUAUGCCCAUGUACGGCGGCGCAUCCCCAGGUCUCUUUAGUUUCCAGAACCCAGGCAUAAACCCUGUCGCUCAGCAGGCGCCCCAAACCGUUCUCUCACAAGAUACCGCCGCUGCUGCAAUCGACGUUGAAGCUUUCAACCGCGCGUUUGGCGAAUACGACGAUGCCAACUUUGAAUCCGAGCUCGCCGAGUGGACCGAGAAGCAGAAGCUCGCUAACAGCGAGUUCGCCGAGGCACAAGACAAUUGGAUGGCCGAGCAUGGGCCGCGAGUCGAGACCACAGCGGACGUCAAACCCCCUACGGCCGACGAGAUGGAGGUCAUCGACGCCAACCUAGAGAAGAUGGCGCAAGAGCAGGACAAGCGCCGAUCCGACGACGAGCUCGCGCGCGCUGCCGUCGAUAUUGUCAAUGCGGUCGCCGACAACACUUCGGAGAAGUUCAAGAACUCGCGUUUCUUCGAGCUGAUGCGCCGCAUCGGCAACCGCGAGGUCGUUGUCGAGGGCGACAGCUUCGUCAAUGCCACGACGGGUGAGACGGUCAACACGGCGCAUGACGACGACACCGAGGACUCGGGCGUCGGUUUCGACGCAGUUACGCCCGAGAAGAGCACCGACAGCGUCCCGCCCGCCGCCGAGGGCCAGAGCGCUUGAUCACCGACGAGCCGAUCGCGCUCCUGCCGGCCAAGUCAUCCAGGCUAGGGCGAAUGUCGACUUAUAGCAAGCAUCAACCUCGCUUGACCUGUUAUACCUACAGAUGUACUAUAUAUUGUUACGCCGCCACGUCGCUGCACCGCACCUUUUGACGCUUUGCACAUUUGCUUUCCCGUGUUCUUUUCUUUUCUCUCAUUUCACCCCUAGCUGUACGCAUAUGAGCUUGGAAUUGGUCUCUUUGCUUCGACGAGCAGAGCCCUCUUCGCAACGAAUCCUGUUGGCAAUGGCAUGGCAGAUGGAUAUGGGGCCAAACCUGUGUGGAUUUGCAUAC